CAGCUCCAAGUCUUUAGUCAGUAGCAAGCCUAACAUGUUCAAAAAAACACAAUGGAGGCUGGUGUAGGAGUUAGAUGAGCAAGAAGGAGAGUAAGAGGAGUAGGAUGUAGGGCGUGGGAAGGUUGUAUAGGGUUUUGUAAGGACUCUGGCUUUUAUUUUAUGUGAGACAUUGACCUCUUGGAGGAUUUUAAGAAAAUAAAUGACAUAAUUUGAAUUACAUUUUGAAAGUAUCAUUCAGACUCUGCUUUUUAGAAUAGAGUAUAGAGGAGAAAAGGGGAAGAAGGGAAUAAAUGUUAGUGUUGUAAACCAGAGUGACUCAGGUGGAGGUGGUGAUCAGAUUCACUUGGAAGGUAUAGUUCUGAUGAUUGAAUGGAGAGCAUUAAAGAAAAAGAAGAGACAAGGAAGACUCCGUUUUUAUCUUAGCAACUGGAAGGACGGUUUUCAUCAAUUAAGAUGGGAAAGACGAGGUGGAGCAAAUUUGAGAGAAUGAUGAAGUGGCAUGUGUUCGAACUGGCUAUGGUAAGGAUAUGGUAAAAGUUCUCCAUAUUCAGCGAGAUGGAAAAUACCACACCAUUAAAGAGGUCUCAACUUCAGUGCAACUGACUCUGAGUUCCAAAAAAGAUUACCUGUAUGGAGACAAUUCAGACAUCAUCCCUACAGACACCAUCAAGAACAUAGUCCACGUUUUGGCAAAAUUCAAAGGGAUCAAAAGCAUAGAAGCCUUUGCUGUGAAUAUCUGUGGGCACUUUCUUUCUUCUUUUAACCAUGUCAUCCGAGUUCAAGUCUAUGUGGAAGAAGUCCCCUGGAAGCGUUUGGAAAAGAAUGGAAUUAAGCAUGUGCAUGCAUUUAUUCACACUCCCACUGGAACACACUUCUGUGAGGUUGAGCAGAUGAGGAAUGGACCUCCAGUCAUUCACUCUGGAAUCAAAGACCUCAAGGUCUUGAAAACAACUCAAUCUGGAUUUGAAGGGUUCAUCAAGGACCAGUUCACCACCCUCCCUGAGGUGAAGGACCGGUGCUUUGCCACCCAAGUGUACUGCAAGUGGCACUACCACCAGUGCAGAGACGUGGACUUUGAGGCGACCUGGGACACUGUUCGGGACAUUGUCCUGGAGAAGUUCGCUGGGCCGUAUGACAAAGGCGAGUACUCGCCCUCUGUCCAGAAGACCCUCUAUGACAUCCAGGUGCUCUCCCUGAGCCGGGUUCCUGAGAUAGAAGAUAUGGAAAUCAGCCUGCCAAAUAUUCACUACUUUAACAUAGACAUGUCCAAAAUGGGACUGAUCAACAAAGAAGAGGUCUUGCUACCUUUAGACAAUCCAUAUGGAAAAAUUACUGGUACAGUCAAGAGGAAGCUAUCUUCAAGGCUGUGACAUUGUUGCCCCCCAUAGGAGUCUACUCUUGGCUGAGGAAUCCCUUCCAGCCACUUGUGUUGAAGAUUACAGCAUGUACCCAGGCCGAUUUUCAACAUGGUAGAUUGAUUUACAGGGUUCCUUUUUCUCCUGCAUGAGAUAAUCUAUUCCUUCCACACCAAGCUCGGCAAGGUGUUUCCUAGAUUAGUAAUUCUAAUGUUCAUUGUGAAUACGUUUACUUCAAAAAUACUCAACAUUAUCAGGACAAUCAUAAAUCAAUAUUUCUUUUUGAUUGCCUUGUGUCUUCUUAUCUUAGAGCAACUUAAGAAUCAAUUCUUUAAGCAAACAAUCAUGACUUCAUGAGGGUAUCAUCAAUUAAUUUGUCCAUACAUUUAGGAAGCAAAUAUUCAUUGUUUUCACCUUAUUGAUGCUACAACUUUACCUCUUAUUACUUCAAUUAUACUGAAUACUUGAAUUUUUAAGACUGUUCUAGCAUAUGUAUCAUUGGGAGCUUAUUUCUAAUAUGAUAGUACUUUUGUGAUUUUAAUAUAUUGAUUUUAUGACUUUUACAACCCAUAAAGACUAUUCAGUACAUGUUGGAGCAUUGAAAAUGUAAUUUGUUUUCCUUUGAAUAGUGCAUCCCUUUUGCACAAAGGGCCAUGUUUAAUAAAUGCUAAGUCGAUAUACAGAUAGAUGGAUAUACAUAUGGAAAGAAAACUAGAGACUAUACAUAAAAAACAUCAACAAUGAUGAUUUUUGUAUGGUGGGAUUGUGAGUGAUUUUAAAUUUUUUGCCAUGUACUUUAUGAAUCUUUCAAAU